AUGUAAAUAAUUACUGGUGAUGAAACAGGAUUAUUGAAAUUAAUUGAUUUAGAUAAAAAAGAAGUGAUUAAGAAAUAUGGAGAACAAGGAAAGGAGUUCAAAAUAAUCUAAAUACUGACAAUUAAAAUUGCUGACAUUUGCUUUUUCUUGGUUUUAAGAGAGUAAAGUCUAUUAUUAUUGGACAAUGAAUUAAAUGAAAUUACUCAAAUCGCCAUCGAUUCAUCGCCAUUAAAAGGAUUUUGUAAUUCAAAUCAUGAUAUCUAUGUAAUUUAUGCCAACAGAAAAAUUAAUCAUAUAAAAUAUGAUGAAGAUCAAAACAUAUUUUUUGAAUAAGAAACAAUAAACUCGAAGGAUUUCUUGCCACUUACUAAUUGCAAAGAUAAAUAUGUGACUUCUGCAGCUAUUUCUAAUGACCAGCAAUUAUUAUUGGUCACGUAUUUUGGAGCUCCACCAUCCAUUUUUAAUUUAUAAUAGAAAAAAUUAUAGUGGUAAUCAAGAAAUGUUAAAAAUGAUGAAUUGGAUCUAUAAGUUAAAAUGCAUGAUUAUGAUGGACUGUUCUUGGAUGAUUAUUCUGUUGGAGUCAUAACUACCCACUAGACACUUAGAAUAUACAAUAUUCUCGAAUAGAAAUCAUAACCUCUUUCUGAACAUUCAUUAAAACAAUCAAAAACAAAAAUUAAAUUGAUCAGAGUCUAUAAUGAAAAAUAUUAUAUGAUUAAUGAAAGAGGCGAAAUCUUGAUUUACUAGAAAGACUUCAAAUUUGAAAGGAUGAUUAAAGGUACAUUUGGAGCUGUGAGAGAUAUAGCAUUCAAUAAGGAGUAUAUAUACACUGUUAGCAUUGAUCGAUUUCUAAGGGUGUAUCACAUUGAAAAUGUAAGAAUACCCUUAUCAAUUAAUUUAUCAUAGAGAUUGCAAGCUAUCAAUUUUCAUUGUGCUGAGUAUAAAGAUAUAGAAAUUGAAAAAAAGCAAGAAAAAAUCUGGACAAUCUAGAAUGGCAAAGAAGCUAAGGCUAGAUUUGCUGGAAUGAGAAGACAUACAAUUAAAUUGCCAUAUUUAGAUAAAAUGUUUGAAAAUCAUAAACUCAAUAAAUAAAAAAAAGAACAAUAAAAAUUGAAAUAAGAAGAAUAAUCAAUUGAAAUUAAACAAGAAUAUGAUGAAGAUGAUUAGCAACCUAAAUUUAAAAAUAUUGAAAAUAGGAAAAUUUAAAAAUUAAAAUAAAAAAAGAAGAUUCUUGGAUUAAAGAAAUAGAAGUUACUUGUAAAUAAACCAAAUAGAAAUAUGAAAUGA